AUGUCGUCUUCAACACCGCAGCAUAACAGAUUGCGCUCACGCGUAGCUUGUGAGCCAUGCAGAGAGCGUAAAAGAAAGUGCGAUGGCGCUUCGCCAUGCAACACCUGUGUUCGAUACGCCUAUGAUUGCCACUACCCGCAAUCUGGUAGGAAAAGGAAAGCAGCCGCAUUAUCCGCCGACCGAACUUCCCCAGCAGCAGAACACAGUCCUUCUACACCAACAGACCAGAAGGCCCAAAACAGGAUACAGUCUUUGGAGGCCAACUCUGGAUCUGCCUUUGUCAGGAAGAUGGCCCUCGGAAUCGAUCCAGCGAAUGCACCCAGGCUUCGAUUGUUCGCGUGGAAUGUCUUUCUUGGAUCACGAAAAUCAAACCACACCCCAAUGUCGCGUUCUAUAAUCCAGAUCAUAUCUUGGCCUGAGAUGGAAGAACUUGCUAGCAUAUACUUUGCCAAAGUUGAUCCUUGCUAUGGAUUUGUUGACCGUCAAUCGCUCGAGCGACGUAUGCGGACCCAUUGGUCGAACAGCAACACAGAAACUGGCGCAUUUGAGGCUGUGAUUUGUGGCGUUGCGGCUCUUGGACUUCUUUUCUCGCGCCGGAAUGUGAUUGAUGCAGAAUUGGAUCUUGUCGAGACGGCCAAGCGGAUUCUAGAACAGUCAAUGUCUGUGCAUCCUUCUCUGGAUAUUGUCACUGCGUGGGUGCUACGAGUAGCUUACAUGCGUAUGACUGCUCCUGCACAUGCCUCUUGGAUGGCUAGUUGCAUGCUAAUGCACACUCUUGAGGCAGCUGGCAUCCAUUCAACGCACGUCUUGGACUGGAGCAGCGCAGGGGAAUCAGGCCAGGCAUUGACGCCAGAAAUACGCAAACGGAUUCUCGGUGUUGCCCAGCAUCUCAAUAUCUGGAUGUCGUUUGACAUUGGACGCUCAAGGGUCCAUCUGCAAACUCUCGAUUUUGAUCUACCGGCCCCUCGUGAAGGCAGCUACACCACCGAGCUCCUAGAGCUGUUGCCUCAUUCGGAAAAUCUCAACCCGGACAAAAGUGUGGACGUAUUGGAUCUCAAAAACUCUCUAGCCACGAUCGUUGAGAGGCACCAUUCUGCGCCACCAUCUGUCCUUGCGCAGUGCAAUCUCACCCUGCUGUUGUGUCGUCGUCUACGGACCCUAAACUUUCAUUUCCAAGGGAGUCUUCUCAACCAGGUGCUCUCAGUCACUGCCAGAGGUAUCCAGGCUGCUCAGGAUCUAUUGGACGAUUGCGCACCGUGGCAUCAUGUGGUCAAUGUUCCUUUCCAGAUUAUCUGCAUCCUGCUCGCUCUUGAUACUCCAGCGGCCAUUGCGCAACUGAAUGAUGGCAUCAAGACUUUGAGCAACAUACAGCUCGUCUACCCGACUGAUGCUGCCAAAGAAGCACUGAGUACAGCCUGCCUACUCAUUCACCUGCACAGGAAACGCAAAGAAGCCGACCUCAAGACGCUUUCGGAAAUCGUAUCGACAUAUUCGCCGUCUGUCUUGUUCGACCAGCAAUUUGCGACACAGCCUCAAAAUAUUAACGAUUGGAGCAGUCAUACUUGGCUUGAAAGUCUUCCUGAAAUGCCAGAUCUGCAAACAUUUGAUAUAGAUCGUUUCCUCAAUGGCAGUAGUGAAUGGAGUCUUCCGGGCGACUGGACACAAGGUUUGUGA